AUGAAGAAGGACAAGAAUAACUGUGGAGCAUGCCGCAAUGUGUGCAAAAAGUAUCAGUCUUGUGAUCAGGGCUCUUGCGUCUGCUCAGCCGGAUUGACCACGUGUGGCGACGCGUGCAAGAAUCUUUUAACAGACAAGAAGAACUACGGCUCAUGUGGAAACAUAUGUUCAGGCGGGUCGAUCUGUUCCGCAGGUAGCUGCGUCUGCCCCAACGGCAAAACCUUGUGCAGUGACGGGUGCUACAACCUCAAUACCGACUCAAGUAGCUGCGGAGUCUGCAAACUCCAGGCGGAACCUCUUGUGUUGGAGGCGCCUGUGUCUGCCCUGGUGGCACUGAAAACAAACUCUGCGGUGGCCAAUGCACCAACGUCAAUACUGAUUCUUGGAACUGUGGGAGAUGUUUCAACUACAAUAACAAUUGGAAUUGUGGGAGUUGUGGCAAAGCGUGUACAGGAGGGGCCACUUGUGUUGGAAGCAGCUGCCAGUGUCCUGCCAACCAAAAGCUCUGCGGUUCUUCGUGCAUGCCUGUUGAUCGCGACCCGUUGA